AGCUGGUGGAGAAGGCGAGGAAGUGGGACCAGCUUAACUCGAAGAGGUAUGGAGAUAAGAGGAAGUUUGGGUUCGUCGAGACUCAGAAGGAGGACAUGCCCCCUGAGCACGUGAGAAAGAUUAUUAGGGAUCAUGGAGACAUGUCUUCAAAGAAGUAUCGUCAUGACAAGCGUGUAUAUCUUGGUGCUCUGAAGUUUGUUCCUCAUGCAGUGUACAAGCUGCUCGAGAACAUGCCUAUGCCAUGGGAGCAGGUUCGCAAUGUGAAGAUUCUAUAUCACAUCACUGGUGCAAUCACAUUUGUCAAUGAGAUUCCCUGGGUUGUUGAACCCAUAUAUCUGGCACAAUGGGGUACAAUGUGGAUCAUGAUGAGGAGAGAGAAAAGAGAUCGGAGGCACUUCAAACGAAUGCGAUUUCCCCCUUUUGAUGAUGAAGAACCUCCUCUGGAUUAUGCAGACAAUUUACUAGAUGUUGAUCCAUUGGAGGCAAUACAGCUAGAGUUGGACGAGGAAGAGGACUCUGCCGUGUGCAACUGGUUUUAUGACCAUAAGCCUCUUGUAAAAACAAAGCUUAUAAAUGGCCCUAGCUACAGGAAAUGGCAUCUCUCACUUCCGAUCAUGGCGACUCUUCAUCGGCUUGCAGGACAAUUGCUCUCUGAUUUGAUUGAUCGCAACUACUUCUACUUGUUUGACAUGGAGUCCUUCUUCACUGCUAAAGCAUUGAACAUGUGCAUACCUGGAGGUCCCAAGUUUGAGCCCUUGUAUCGUGAUAUGGAGAAAGGAGAUGAAGACUGGAAUGAGUUUAAUGACAUCAAUAAACUCAUUAUUCGUCAGCCACUCAGGACAGAGUACAGAAUCGCCUUUCCUCAUCUAUACAAUAAUCGGCCCAGGAAAGUAAAACUUGGCAUAUACCAUACGCCGAUGAUAAUGUACAUAAAAACUGAGGACCCUGAUCUACCUGCAUUCUACUAUGAUCCUCUGAUAAAUCCUAUAACUUCCAUCAACAAAGCGGAUCGCCGGGAGAAGAAAGCUUAUGAUGAAGAAGAUGAGGAUGAUUUUGAACUACCAGAGGGUGUAGAACCUCUGCUGCAGAGUACACAACUUUAUACUGAUACUACAGCUGCAGGUAUCUCAUUAUUGUUUGCUCCUCGCCCAUUCAAUAUGAGAUCUGGCCGGAUGCGUCGUGCUGAAGACAUUCCUCUUGUGUCAGAGUGGUUCAAGGAGCACUGCCCUCCAUCAUAUCCAGUUAAAGUUCGUGUCAGCUAUCAAAAGCUGUUAAAGUGCUUUGUAUUGAAUGAGCUGCACCACAGACCUCCAAAGGCACAGAAAAAGAAACAUCUCUUUAGGUCUCUUCAAGCAACAAAGUUUUUUCAGACUACGGAGUUGGACUGGGCUGAAGCGGGUCUCCAAGUCUGUAAGCAGGGUUACAACAUGCUAAAUCUGUUGAUUCAUAGGAAAAAUCUCAACUAUCUUCACCUUGACUACAAUUUCAAUCUGAAACCUGUGAAGACACUAACCACUAAAGAGCGCAAGAAGUCACGAUUUGGAAAUGCUUUUCAUCUAUGUCGUGAGAUUUUGCGUUUGACAAAGCUUGUUGUCGAUGCCAAUAUCCAAUUCCGCUUGGGUAAUGUGGACGCUUUUCAGUUGGCUGAUGGCCUGCAGUAUACCUUUUCACAUGUUGGACAGUUAACUGGAAUGUACCGUUACAAAUAUAGGCUCAUGCGGCAAAUCAGAAUGUGCAAAGAUUUGAAGCACUUAAUUUACUACCGUUUCAAUACGGGCCCAGUGGGGAAGGGACCUGGUUGUGGAUUUUGGGCACCUAUGUGGAGAGUCUGGUUAUUUUUUCUCCGUGGCAUUGUUCCUUUGCUAGAAAGGUGGCUGGGUAAUUUGCUUGCACGACAGUUUGAAGGACGCCAUUCUAAAGGAGUUGCCAAAACUGUUACCAAGCAACGGGUGGAGAGCCACUUUGAUUUGGAACUUCGAGCUGCUGUGAUGCAUGAUGUUCUCGAUGCAAUGCCAGAGGGCAUCAAGCAAAACAAAGCUAGAACUAUACUUCAGCACCUUAGUGAAGCAUGGCGUUGCUGGAAAGCAAACAUCCCUUGGAAGGUUCCUGGCCUGCCAGUCCCCAUUGAGAAUAUGAUUCUUCGAUAUGUAAAAUCCAAGGCAGAUUGGUGGACCAAUGUUGCACACUAUAAUCGUGAGCGUAUUAGAAGGGGUGCAACAGUUGAUAAGACUGUUUGCCGGAAGAAUCUAGGAAGACUUACUCGUCUCUGGUUAAAGGCUGAGCAGGAGAGACAACAUAAUUAUUUGAAAGAUGGUCCAUAUGUUACUCCUGAAGAAGCUGUGGCCAUCUACACAACAACUGUGCAUUGGUUGGAAUCAAGAAAAUUCUCUCCUAUACCUUUCCCUCCACUGUCAUACAAGCAUGAUACUAAGCUACUCAUCCUUGCUCUGGAAAGGCUGAAAGAAUCAUACAGUGUGGCGGUGAGAUUGAACCAGUUACAAAGGGAAGAACUGGGUCUUAUUGAACAGGCGUAUGAUAACCCUCAUGAAGCUUUGUCAAGGAUAAAGCGUCAUUUACUCACGCAACGGGCCUUCAAAGAAGUUGGCAUCGAGUUCAUGGAUUUGUAUAGCUAUCUGAUUCCUGUAUAUGAGAUUGAGCCUCUAGAGAAAAUAACAGAUGCCUACCUAGAUCAGUAUCUAUGGUAUGAAGGUGACAAGAGACACCUUUUCCCAAAUUGGAUUAAACCUGCUGAUUCAGAACCACCGCCUCUACUUGUAUAUAAAUGGUGCCAAGGUAUCAAUAACUUACAGGGCGUAUGGGAUACGAGUGACGGGCAGUGUGUUGUGAUGCUUCAAACAAAGUUCGAGAAGUUCUUUGAGAAGAUUGAUUUGACAAUGUUGAACAGGCUUCUAAGGUUGGUGCUUGAUCACAACAUUGCAGACUACGUGACUGCUAAAAACAAUGUGGUGUUAUCUUACAAGGAUAUGAGUCACACAAACUCAUAUGGUCUCAUUCGUGGCCUGCAAUUUGCCUCUUUUGUAGUUCAAUAUUAUGGGCUGGUACUUGACCUCUUGCUUCUUGGGUUAACUCGAGCCAGUGAAAUUGCGGGGCCACCUCAGAUGCCGAAUGAAUUCAUCACUUAUGCAGACACAAAAAUUGAAACUAGGCAUCCUAUCAGGCUAUAUUCACGAUAUAUCGACAGGGUCCACAUACUUUUCCGGUUCACACAUGAAGAGGCACGUGAUCUCAUUCAGCGAUACCUCUCUGAGCACCCUGAUCCAAAUAAUGAAAAUAUGGUUGGGUAUAAUAACAAAAAGUGCUGGCCUAGAGAUGCAAGAAUGAGGCUUAUGAAACAUGAUGUCAACCUAGGCAGAAGUGUCUUCUGGGAUAUGAAAAAUCGACUUCCUCGAAGUAUCACAACAUUAGAGUGGGAAAAUAGCUUUGUCUCCGUUUACAGCAAGGACAAUCCGAACUUGCUUUUCAGCAUGUGUGGUUUUGAAGUUCGUAUAUUGCCAAAGGUGAGGAUGACCCAGGAGGCAUUUAGCAACACAAAAGAUGGUGUUUGGAAUCUGCAGAACGAGCAGACAAAAGAGAGAACAGCAAUAGCCUUUUUACGUGUUGAUGAUGAGCACAUGAAGGUGUUUGAGAAUCGUGUGAGACAGAUUCUUAUGUCAUCAGGAUCAACAACAUUUACCAAAAUUGUCAACAAAUGGAACACUGCUCUUAUUGGCCUUAUGACAUAUUUUCGUGAAGCAACUGUUCAUACACAAGAACUUUUGGAUCUGCUGGUUAAGUGCGAAAACAAGAUUCAGACUCGUAUUAAGAUCGGGCUGAAUUCAAAGAUGCCUAGCAGGUUUCCUCCUGUUAUUUUUUAUACGCCUAAGGAAAUAGGAGGUCUUGGCAUGUUAUCCAUGGGUCACAUAUUGAUUCCACAGAGUGAUCUUCGGUACAGCCAGCAGACAGAUGUAGGGGUGACACACUUCCGAAGUGGUAUGAGCCAUGAGGAAGAUCAACUCAUUCCAAAUCUUUAUCGGUACAUUCAGCCAUGGGAGAGCGAAUUUAUCGACUCACAGCGUGUUUGGGCUGAAUAUGCAUUGAAGAGGCAGGAAGCCCAAUCACAAAAUAGGCGACUAACGCUUGAAGAUCUUGAGGAUUCAUGGGAUAGGGGGAUACCAAGAAUUAACACUCUGUUCCAGAAAGACCGACACACCCUGGCUUAUGACAAAGGUUGGAGAGUCCGCACUGACUUUAAGCAGUAUCAAGUUCUAAAACAAAAUCCAUUUUGGUGGACUCAUCAGCGCCAUGAUGGCAAGUUGUGGAAUCUAAAUAAUUAUCGGACUGAUGUCAUCCAAGCACUUGGAGGAGUUGAAGGAAUUUUGGAGCAUACUUUGUUCAAAGGGACAUAUUUUCCGACCUGGGAAGGUCUUUUCUGGGAAAAGGCAUCUGGAUUUGAGGAGUCAAUGAAAUAUAAAAAGCUGACAAAUGCUCAAAGGUCUGGGUUGAAUCAAAUACCUAAUCGUAGGUUCACCCUUUGGUGGUCUCCUACCAUAAACCGUGCAAAUGUUUAUGUAGGAUUCCAAGUUCAACUAGACCUUACAGGAAUAUUCAUGCAUGGAAAAAUUCCUACUUUGAAGAUAUCAUUGAUUCAGAUAUUUCGUGCCCAUCUUUGGCAAAAGGUGCAUGAGAGUGUUGUCAUGGAUCUCUGCCAAGUUUUGGAUCAAGAGCUAGAUGCAUUGGAAAUUGAGACAGUGCAGAAGGAGACCAUACACCCAAGAAAGAGUUACAAGAUGAACAGUUCUUGUGCUGAUAUUCUCCUCUUUGCUGCUCAUAGAUGGCCAAUGUCUAAACCUAGUCUAGUUGCUGAGUCGAAGGAUGUAUUUGACCAGAAGGCUAGUAAUAAAUACUGGAUAGAUGUGCAACUUCGGUGGGGCGAUUAUGAUUCACAUGAUAUAGAACGUUAUACAAGGGCCAAAUUUAUGGACUACACAACUGAUAACAUGUCUAUUUAUCCUUCUCCAACAGGUGUAAUGAUUGGGCUCGAUCUUGCAUAUAACUUGCACUCUGCUUUUGGCAACUGGUUCCCGGGGUCAAAGCCCUUAUUGGCUCAAGCAAUGAACAAAAUUAUGAAGUCAAAUCCAGCUUUAUAUGUUUUGCGUGAGAGAAUAAGGAAAGGGCUGCAGCUAUAUUCGUCUGAGCCUACAGAGCCAUAUUUGUCAUCUCAAAAUUAUGGGGAGAUCUUCAGCAAUCAAAUUAUAUGGUUUGUUGAUGACACAAAUGUCUAUCGGGUGACAAUCCACAAAACCUUUGAGGGAAAUCUCACCACCAAGCCAAUCAAUGGUGCCAUCUUUAUAUUCAACCCAAGAACAGGGCAACUGUUUUUGAAGGUCAUCCACACCAGUGUCUGGGCAGGGCAGAAGCGUCUAGGUCAGCUAGCCAAGUGGAAAACAGCAGAGGAGGUGGCUGCUCUUGUACGCUCUCUUCCUGUUGAAGAGCAGCCAAAACAAAUUAUUGUGACCCGUAAGGGAAUGUUGGAUCCCUUGGAGGUCCAUUUGCUUGAUUUCCCUAACAUUGUAAUCAAGGGUAGUGAGCUGCAGUUGCCAUUCCAAGCUUGUUUGAAGAUUGAGAAGUUUGGUGACUUGAUUCUGAAGGCUACAGAACCCCAGAUGGUUCUUUUCAAUAUUUAUGAUGAUUGGUUAAAGAGUAUUUCGUCAUACACUGCCUUUUCUCGUCUUAUUCUGAUAUUACGUGCACUCCAUGUGAACAAUGAGAAGGCGAAGAUGUUACUGAAGCCAGACAAGACGAUUGUCACUGAGCCACACCACAUCUGGCCUUCUCUUACAGAUGAUCAGUGGAUGAAGGUUGAAGUUGCUCUGAGAGAUCUUAUACUUUCAGAUUAUGCAAAGAAGAAUAACGUCAACACAUCAGCACUGACGCAAUCUGAGAUUCGUGAUAUAAUACUUGGUGCUGAGAUUACUCCACCCUCACAACAGAGACAGCAGAUCGCUGAAAUUGAGAAGCAGGCCAAAGAAGCAAGCCAGCUAACUGCAGUUACUACCAGGACAACUAACGUACAUGGUGACGAGCUUAUUGUCACGACAACUAGUCCAUAUGAGCAAGCAUCACAUCUUAAGAAAACAGAUUGGCGUGUAAGAGCUAUCACAGCUACAAAUCUAUAUCUUCGAGUUAACCAUAUUUAUGUCAACUCAGAUGACAUUAAGGAAACGGGUUAUACUUAUAUCAUGCCUAAAAACAUAUUGAAGAAAUUUAUUUGCAUCGCUGAUCUUCGAACUCAGAUUGCUGGAUACUUGUACGGUUUGAGCCCACAAGACAAUCCUCAAGUGAAGGAGAUCAGGUGCAUAGUGAUGGCACCGCAAUGGGGGACCUAUCAGCAUGUCAAUCUUCCAUCAGCUCUUCCAGAGCACGAGUUCUUAAAUGACCUGGAGCCGUUGGGUUGGAUGCAUACGCAGCAAAAUGAACUCCCUCAACUAUCGCCACAGGAUUUAACAAGCCACGCUCGGAUUCUGGAGAGCAACAAGCAAUGGGACGGCGAAAAAUGCAUUAUUCUAACCUGUAGUUUCACACCAGGAUCCUGUUCCUUGACUGCAUAUAAGCUGACACCGACAGGUUACGAAUGGGGGCGAGCAAACAAGGACACGGGAAGCAAUCCACACGGGUACCUCCCAACUCACUACGAGAAGGUCCAGAUGUUACUCAGUGACCGCUUCCUAGGGUUUUACAUGGUACCAGAUAAUGGCCCUUGGAAUUACAACUUCAUGGGGGUGAAGCAUACGGUAAGCAUGCGAUAUGGUGUGAAACUUGGAACGCCUAGAGAUUACUACCAUGAGGAUCACAGGCCAACACAUUUUCUCGAGUUCAGUAAUUUGGAGGAGGGAGAAACUGCGGAGGCGGAUAGAGAGGAUACUUUUACAUAGUGGAGGUGUUAUCUGGAGCUCGAGUGAUAUCUAGCUGCACCUCACAAUGUUACAAUAGUUAGUUUGUGGGGGAUUGUUGUACAUAAGCUUUGAGCUUUAGGUUAUUCGAUGUAUAACACUGUAACUCUUUAUCGUACUAUCCUACGGCUAAAAGCGGUGCUUACUUUUGAUCUUGAGAUGUAGCAGAGCAUCAACUCCGGGUUUUUGGCUGAUAGAUGAGUAAGUUGUGUCUCAUGGCACGGAUGCUUAAUUUCCCGUCGGUUCGCGAUAGCUCUGUAAUUUUUGUUUAAAUAUUUGUCUGAAUGGUUCAUGAAUGUUUACUACGAAUGUGUUCUUUUGAAUAUUUUGAUUCUGUAAUUUUUGUUCAAAAUAUUAGUCCGAAUAGUUCUUGAAUGUCA